CACCAAUGUGGUACAAGACAAAUUUUAUGGUGUAAACAAGACCCGUAAGAAACGACGAGUCCGUCCACAAGCAAAUCCUCCCAUCAGCAAGCUCGGAGACGACGCCCUGAUAGAAAUUCUGAUUCGCCUCCCCAACCCUCGAUACGCCUGCCGCUGCAAAUGCGUCUGCAAGCGCUGGAGGUCCCUGAUGUCCAGCCCUGCAUUCAAUCGCGGUUUCGCUUCUCACUACCAGGAUACGACGAUUAUGAAGAAACUACCGCCACCUCCGCCUAUUCCCUCUCACGACCCGAUGAAACGGAAAUCAUCGAUCAUUAUGAGCUUCCUUCCUCAACAUCCUUUGGACUAUCGAUCAGAACUCAAAGUCCUGGACUGCUUCAAGGACUUGCUUUUAUGCGGGUUUUGGGAUUUUACGACGACUCAUACAGAAAUGGUCAGAACGUUUCUGGUUUGCAAUCCGUUUACGGAGCAAUGGAUAGCACUUCCUGUAGCUCCAGACAAGCCAAAGGGUUGUCUUUGGACGGUCUCAAGGUUGGUUUGUGAACCCCGCAUCUCUUAUGAUCUUGAUCUAGGACCAGAAGGAGGAGGAAGUGAUGAGGACCAAAAUUCAUUCGCUGUUUAUUCCGAGUAUCGGUUCCGGGUGUUGACUAUCUAUCAAGAUAUGAGAUCAAUCAAACUCGACAUGUUUUGUUCCGAGUCUGGGGAGUGGACCAAAGAGGCUCUUAUUCUUGAUGGUUAUCGCUUACUCGAAGGCAAAAAUGUAUGGUCCUGCAAUGGGGAGUUGUUUUGGUCUUGUGUUGAGGAUGAUCAAGGGGGUGACCCAUUGCUUGCUUCGGUUAAUGCUUUCUGCCUUGAUAUGCCUAUUGAUAUUUAUGCUUGUCCACUCUUCGAGAAGACAAAGCAGUGGGAUGUUUCAAUCUCACAGGGUGCUCUGCACGUAAUUGUGCGCGAAAUCCAAACUGAAAUGGUAAGUGUUUGGAGACGGGAAGAAGAUGGCAGAUCAUGGAUGAUGCAAUGUGAAGGGUCGUUGAAGACGGGUACAUCAUCAUCAAUGUCUUACUUUGAUCUCAAAUACUAUACUAUACUUAAUACUCAUCCAGAGAGGCCGGAAGUUGUUAAAUAUCAUCCUCCUUAUAUUAACGAUGGGGCUACCUUGUCCUACGAUCUGAAGCGGGGAGAAUUAGAGUACGUCGGUGUUCUAAGGCUAUACACACCUCAUUGGACGGUGUUCCAACCUAGGGUCUCCUGCUGGCCUACUCCAAUUCCAAGAUACAAGGAAUUGCGAGGUAUCUACGAUGGGCACAUGAGCUGGUUCAGAGUGCCAAGCAACAACAACUCCCCCAAUACUGCUCAUCAAAGCAAGCGCAAAAGAUCAACAAGAAAGCAGGGCUCUGGGUAGAGGAAUGCCAACCCUGUAACCAGGGAAUCGCUCAAUUGUACUCAGGUAGACGUUGGUUGCGAGUCAAGUAGGAUGAUUGGCAUUAGAAGACAUGUGAGUUGAAGGUGGGAAAGGAGACUACAUGUUAAUCAGUUGGUUUUAAGGAUGUUGGUUCAUGCACUGCAGGUUAUGAUGAAGAACUGUGUUUUUUGGUGUUUGUGAUUGAGCGAAGAAGGAGAUGAUGAUGAUCAGAAAGCAAAGGGUGUUGUUUCCUUAGCAAUUGUUGGAUGGUAGAAGUGGAUGCUGCUAUCUAAGUAGUUAUUGGUAUGGUGAUGAUUGGGUUGUUUUUGUUAACAUGAUUUUCAUUUCAGAUGAUACUGUCAGCCAUACAAUGUGAAGUAGUUGCGCUUUAGUUAAUCCUCCAGCAUUAGCAUUCCGACCGGGUAGUAGGCUCUAGCCGGAUGUUAAUUAGCACCGGGGUUGAAAGUUCUGCGGCGAUAAUGUAUUUAUGGUUUAUUUAUUAUAUUGUUGGUAAUUUAAUCUCAUAUAUGAUAUAAGAUUUCCUUAUACAGUUAGCUUAGCUUUUUGGACCGGUUACUAUAACAAAACCCCUUGUGUUGUUAUUGUAACAACACUAGUCUCCAACCAAUAGUAAGCUAUGAUUGUGAUGACUUUUUAUUAGAUGAGUUGACCUAGUGUAAAAUCAAAGUAGGGGUAUAAUUGUCAUUAUGAAAAAUAUAUUAAAUUAAUAAUAAAAAUAUAAUAUUUUUUUUAUUUUCGGCCCAAAAUUUUGGUCGCCGGAAUUCGGCCACCGGUCGCCGGAAUCUGGUCACGGUCACCGGAAUAUGCUUUUUGUCGUCGGAAUAUGCUAUUUUGUCAUCGAAAUAUGCUCACUGUUGCCGGAAUAUGCUCAUCGUGGUCGGAAUAUGCUUACCGGCGUCGGAAUCUAGUCAUCAGGGGCGGAAUAUGCCUAUCAGCGCCGGAAUCUACUCACUGACGGUCAUCAGAGUUUGGUCAACGCCAACGACCACCGGAUGUUAUGUUCUGCAUUGUGAGGUUUAUGGUUUGGUUUCUCAUAUUUUUGUAUGCAUUUUGUGGUUUGCUUUGCGAGGUUUCUGGUUUGUUUUAAGUGAUUUAUAGUAUGGAUUGAGAGGUUUCUGAUAUGCUUUUUUUGGUUUUGCUUUAUCGUGUUUGUGCUCUGUAUUAGGAGGGUUCUAGUGUGCUUAUGAGAUACUUGUGGAUUGCAUACCAAUAACUCCCAAUUCCCAAAUACAUACCAUAAAGACAAUAAUUCAUA